AUGCCUUUAAAGCUACGGAAAUCACGUGGUAGUGAUAGUGAUGGAGUGGAGUUGGUGGUGGAGAUGAAGGCGAAGUUGAUGGUUGUGGUGGUGGGGAUGGCAGUUGUGGAGGUGGUAGUGGUGGUGGUGGUGGUGGAGGUGGAGGUGGUGGUGGUGGUGGCGGAGGAUGAGGAGGAGGAGGAUGUGGUGGUUGUGGUAGUGGUGGUGGCGGUGGUUGUGGAGGUAGUAAAUGUGGUGGUGCAAGUGGUGGAAUUAGAUGUAAAAGUGGAGGUGGUGUCAUUUUUUUAA